AAUAAACCCGGAGCGCCAGGCUGCGCUGAAGCCGCCCGGAGCUAGGGGUUCCCCGGGGCGCAGGAGAGGCAUUUCAAAGCCCGUGCUGAAGUCACCAUGCCGGUCGCUGCCACCAACUCUGAGUCUGCCAUGCAGCAAGUCUUGGACAACCUGGGAUCCCUCCCUAAUGCCACGGGGGCUGCAGAGCUGGACCUGAUCUUUCUUCGCGGCAUUAUGGAAAGCCCUAUAGUAAGAUCCCUGGCCAAGGCCCACGAAAGGCUGGAGGAGACCAAGUUGGAGGCUGUGCGGGACAACAACCUGGAGCUGGUGCAGGAGAUCCUGCGGGACCUGGCGCAGCUGGCGGAGCAGAGCAGUACAGCUGCCGAGCUGGCCCGCAUCCUCCAGGAGCCUCACUUCCAGUCCCUCCUGGAGACACAUGAUUCUGUGGCUUCAAAGACCUAUGAGACACCGCCUCCCAGCCCUGGCCUGGACCCUACCUUCAGCAACCAGCCUGUGCCCCCUGAUGCCGUGCGAAUGGUGGGCAUCCGCAAGACGGCUGGCGAGCAUCUGGGUGUGACAUUUCGUGUGGAGGGUGGUGAGCUGGUGAUCGCCCGCAUCCUGCACGGGGGUAUGGUAGCUCAGCAAGGCCUGCUGCACGUGGGGGACAUCAUCAAAGAGGUGAACGGGCAGCCAGUGGGCAGCGACCCCCGAGCACUGCAGGAACUCUUGCGCAGCGCCAGUGGCAGCGUUAUUCUCAAGAUCCUGCCCAGCUACCAGGAGCCCCAUCUGCCCCGACAGGUGUUUGUGAAAUGUCACUUUGAUUAUGACCCAGCCCGAGACAGCCUCAUUCCCUGCAAGGAGGCGGGUCUUCGCUUCAAUGCUGGGGACCUGCUUCAGAUUGUCAACCAGGAUGAUGCCAACUGGUGGCAGGCAUGUCACGUCGAGGGAGGCAGUGCCGGGCUCAUCCCCAGCCAGUUGCUGGAGGAGAAACGAAAAGCCUUUGUCAAGCGGGACCUGGAGCUGACACCAACCUCAGGGACCCUAUGUGGUAGCCUUUCAGGAAAGAAGAAGAAGCGAAUGAUGUAUCUGACUACCAAGAAUGCAGAGUUUGACCGCCAUGAGCUGCUCAUUUAUGAAGAGGUAGCCCGCAUGCCCCCGUUCCGCCGGAAAACCCUGGUGCUGAUUGGGGCUCAGGGCGUGGGCCGGCGCAGCCUGAAGAACAAGCUCAUCAUGUGGGACCCAGAUCGCUACGGCACGACGGUGCCCUACACUUCUCGGCGGCCCAAGGACUCGGAACGGGAAGGCCAGGGUUACAGUUUUGUGUCCCGUGCGGAGAUGGAGGCCGACAUCCGUGCCGGGCGCUACCUGGAACACGGCGAGUACGAGGGCAACCUGUACGGCACCCGUAUAGACUCCAUCCGGGGCGUGGUUGCUGCCGGCAAGGUGUGCGUGCUGGACGUCAACCCCCAGGCAGUGAAGGUGCUGAGAACAGCCGAGUUUGUUCCUUACGUGGUGUUCAUUGAGGCCCCUGACUUUGAAACACUGCGGGCCAUGAACCGGGCUGCCCUGGAGAGUGGAGUGUCCACCAAGCAGCUCACGGAGGCAGACCUGAGGCGUACUGUGGAGGAGAGCAGUCGCAUCCAGAGGGGCUACGGGCACUACUUUGACCUCAGCCUGGUCAACAGCAACCUGGAGAGGACCUUCCGGGAGCUACAGGCAGCCAUGGAGAAGCUGCGCACGGAGCCCCAGUGGGUGCCUGUCAGCUGGGUGUACUGAGCCCUGCUCAGCAGACCACACGUCUCUGGCUUGUGACCCAGAACCUUCAAUCUGCCUCCU